CUUUUUUUCUCCUGGCCACAGUUUUAAACUCUGUGAUCGAUUGUUUUGGUCUGACGGAGUUUAAAAUGGCGGCGCUCUUGUGCUCUCCACGUGAGGUGUUUACAGAAGCAGUGAGAGCUGUGUUAGAAACCUGGCCGGUGUUGCAGAUAGCGGUUGAUAACGGCUUCGGUGGAGUUUACAGCCAGCAGAAGGCCGACUGGAUGGUGGAUGCGGUUCAACAAUAUUUUCACGACAACAGUGAUCUCGAGCAGGAUGAAGUGGAGGACUUCCUGUCUGAUCUGAUGAACAAUGAGUUUGACACGAUGGUAGAUGAUGGAAGCCUCCCACAGGUGGCACAGAAGGUGUGUGUGAUGUUCCAGCAGUGUAAGCAGGGGAAACUGCCCGAGGUCAGACAGCAGAUCAGCCAGUUAACACUGGAAAAGUCCAGAGGAAGAGCAAAAGCCACAUCUAUUAAAACCCCUACAGAGGAAGCAGAGGGAAGCGACGAUGACGAGUGUAUGGAUUGUGAUGAAGCCGGAGCGGGAGCUUCAGUGAGCAGCACAGCAGCGAAACAGCAGCCGUCUUCAUCUGCCCCUAAAGAAGAAGAGGAGGAGGAGGAAGAUGGCUGGACGGUGGUGUGCAGGAAAAAGUGACCGAAGCAGAAAUGUAUUUGGAGCACUAGAAAUGCCGUCUGAACGAACUUGUGGUAACGGAGCAAAAAAAAAAAAAAAAGAAAAGUUUUUGGAACAAAUGUAAGACUUUAUAUAUUGCUGUGGUACCUAGUGGUAAAAAUCAUCAGAAAGGGCAGUCGCUGCAGAUGUUUUUACCCAAACUGUGGGUUUCUUUUAUUUUAACAAGCUUCAUUUUUGUCUUGACUGAUUUCCAAGAGCCCCGUGUAAGCUUGUAAAGACCAUCGUUCAUGUUUUAGUGCUUUCUUUACCUCUCGUCGUGCCCUCGUGUGGACAAAUAGGGCUCUGCAAGCCUGUGUGUGUGUGUGUGUGUGUGUUGCACUUCAGGGAGUCUCAGGCCACAUCAUUCAAACUCAAAUACAGAUAUAAUUUCUAACAUGUGGAUACAGAGUAAAACAUGAACAGUACAACACUCAGGAUGUACUUUUUUUUUUACCUAAAAAAAUGCAAUGCAGUUUAUUUUUUGCCCACACGCAUAUUGCUUAGUGUUUCAUUUCAGAUGUGUGUUCUAUAACACACCUGUGUGGGUUCUGAGUAUCAGGAAGAGUUCCGGCGUAGCACGUCGUACCUGCGAUGUCGUUCGUACGAGUAAAAUCCACAGUAGGACGACACAGAACGGCCACGUUGUUAGGAUGAACAGAGAGUUUGUAACAGGUGCUGUGCUGUUUGUUGGUGCACAAAUGUUCACCUCAUCACUUUUAUGAAGGUCAGACCCAUUAAGCGUGAAUCAGAGAGGAAUCAGAAGCUGUUCUGAGGAUUAAACGCAGCUUGCGUGG